AUGGUGUCUGAAGAUAAUGACUCUAUGGUGGAUUUGUUUGGAGGUAGACGGGAGAAGGCUAGACUGGCUGCUCAACGUUUUUCAUCUACAAGGAAUAAGAGAAUGAGGAUUACCCAGGAUCAUAAUUUUGUAAAGAAUGACUCCCAGGAGAAGCAACAGGUUCAAUUUCCAUUGUUUCAAGGAGUCCAGCCAGUCAUUCCGACUUUGAUUCAGCCACAGUCAUUAGUGCAACUGUGGAAUAUGAGUACUUCUCAAAGUUUGGUUAGUCCAUCACUUUCUGAGCAGCAAGUGUCACAAGGUAUUUUCACUUGUAAUUCUGUUAAUAGCCUUCAGCUUCAACAGUUUAAUGAGAGGUUUCGGUUAUCCUCUGGUAAUGUAGGUGUUAAUAGUAAGGCUAUUAAGUACUAUUUAGAUUUCUCUUCAACAAAUGUAAGUUAUAAAUAUUGGAUUAGAAACUUAGCAUUAGUAGUAUUAGAGUUAGAACUAUAA